AUGAUUCCUGUUAGAUACACGCGGAUGUACACCGCGCUGUGGCUGUUCUGCGCCGUCCUCAGCGCAUCAGCAGAGUCUGGCGACCAGAACACUACCACUACAAAAACCGUACGCACCACCAUUCUCCCCUCGAGGACCACGAGAACAGAGUUGAAGGUAUCGAGGAGCCUGAAUCCCCUCAACACCGAGACUUUAAACGUGAGAACAAAAGCAGGUCAUGUAACGCAGCUGAUAGUCAAGAAGAAAGAUUUGAAGUCGACUACAUACGCUAGCACCACCCCGCCGCCGCCAACAACCGUCUCCAUCAAAACCACAGUCCUCAAUACUACGGAAGAUGACAGAAACAAAACCGAAAGCCGCGAUCAGAGGAAACUCAACUUUGUUGGAACGGUUAACAGUGACCUAGCUGGUUUCGAUUACUACCUAAACCGCGAUAAAGAUGAAAGUUUCAGUGACGUUAAAGCGGAGUACGGUAACUGGUCUCCGGUUUCCGUUUACCCGGAGUCUCACAUUCAGGAAGACGGGGGAAAGCCCGACGUCGACCCAGAAACCGCUAGCUACUAUCCGACUUACGACAACGAAAAGAAAACGGAAAACAAAAAAGUCUACAUAACAUCGACGAGUUUCCUCGACUAUGGUGGCCGUGUAAAGAACUACAGGUUCGACCCCCAUAACCCCAUCAUAAAAAACGAUAGGAAUCCAGUGUACAUCGAAGUUGUAAGCACAAAAGUGUCCGACGGCGAAGGUGAAACGUUUAAGGUACCCGACCCUGUUGUGGUGAAUUCAGAUCCGACGUAUGUUAAGAAGGCCAUCGAGAAGUACAACAAACGCGGAAGGUCCAUUCUAUCCAUUGGUGACGACGGUAUCCCAGAAAUCCACGGCAUUAGAAUGCCCGAUGACGAAUCUGAUAAAAGAACAUGGCGCAAUGCUAGAGUUGUGAACGGUGAGCUUAUACCAUAUCCCGAAGGGUACACUCCACCGAAAGCUAUACCCGAAGCAGACGUCUACCCGGAUUUGUCGGCUGUCGAACCUUCCCAAAACUUGGGUCCGUUCACUAAGGAGGACAAUUUUAAACAUAAAGACGGGCCGUUCACUAAAUUCGACAAUAUCAAGUUUGAAGCCGAUGAUGCGAUUAGCUCUUACACCAUCAACAACAGCCCGAAUUACUUGUACAAACAGAAAAAAGAUAAUCACUACCUGAAAUCCAACUACGGUCCUUUCACCAAGGCGGACAAUUCGAAAGUGGCCAACUCAAAACUAAUCGAAUAUAUAAAACAGAUAAACGAACAAGAAUCUAAGCGUGACUACUUUAGCGGUCGCAGCUCACGAGCUCAUGGAGAUUUGGAUUACGCUGAGAGCCAUAUACAGAGGAGAAUGCUGCAGCAUCCAGGGGACGUUAACUUUCCUAAUUCACUCGUGUACACGCCGAAAAAUUCGAAAAUAACUUUCGAUGAAGGAUCGAGAAAUCCUGUUUUGCAGUACGCCCACCCUGAAUUAGGCGUGCAGCCUGCUAAAGCUACACGUGAUGGCAUGGAUAAUUAUGAGGCCAAGGAAAGAAAGGUGAAAUAUUACACAAGUGUUCCCAAGAGUGCCCAUCCUUACCCCAUGGAACCGAUAAAUGGUUAUGGCCAGCAACGAAGCAAAAUACCCUCUAGUAAUAGAUAUUACGAAGAUGAGUACAAUAAGUUUUCAUAUUAUGAACGCAACCAUGGGCCGAAGUACCCGUACACUUAUGGUUACGUGAAACGAAUGCCUGAGCCCUCUUUAUGGAAGAGGUUCACUGAUUCCAUGAAAGACACCAUAAACACAGCGAGUCAAACUGUUCAGUCACUAACGCGGCCUAUCAUUGACCCAAUUGCAAGAGUGACUCAACCUGUGCUUGACCCAAUUGUUGAGGCAACACACAAAAUCUCACACAACCUAGGCCUGUACCCAACUAACUCAAUUCAGAGCCAAAGGUACGCUCAGGACAAGAUUGGUGUCGCCGCGGCAGCAGCUUCCGGGGCUCCCGCUAUGCUCCCAGCCCUAGGGCUCAUGGCAGGUGGUGCGGCAUUAGGUCUUGGGGCAGUGGCCAUGGGCAGGUUGCUCGACGUGAAUUUAAUGCGAAACUCGGGUCUCAGCGAAGAUUCAGACGAGGACGAAUUGGAGAAAGAACACAAACGCUCCUUCGCCGGCGCGCCGUACGACAUUGACAGGCAAAUACUAAGUACGCAGAAGUUCUACGAUGACAACUACAAGAUGCCGAGUGAAAAUGUUUAUGUGGUCAUGUCACCUGACAGCGAGGGCAACCGCGCCAAGCGGGACGUCCUGAACUUUUUGAACGCGCCCUAUCAAACUGGUAUUUUGACUAGAGUGAAACACAGUGUGAAGCGAUCGUUAUCGGAGGACGUGCCGGACGAUUUGCAACGCGUGGACAGUGGCCUAAGCUCGUCGAGCUUAACGACGGCAGCUAUGGACCUGGUGAGGAAAACGGACUGGAGGGACUCGCAGUGUGCCAAAUAUACGUUUUGCAAGGUGCUAACAUCCCAGCCGUCCGACUCCAUUUUCACAAUGGAGAAGAAAAUGGAGUCAUUACUGAAAAUG